GUUUCGCCAGGAAGGCGUGACGUAAUCGCGCACCGGAUCGUUUCCUUGGUUUCCGGGAAACGUGAAAGGAAUGGCGGCCUUGGUGUCGCCGGUGGCACUGGUGGCAUCGACCCCCACCAAACCUCGGAGCAAGAAAAGGCCGACAAGUCCGGGCAACAGCGGGGGUAUAGCUGCAAAGAAGAAGAGAGUAGGGCAGAAUGUUGUGUUGGAUACUAUUGGAGAGAAUCAAAGUUUGGCUACAGAUUCCAGUCCAGGGCAUGGAGAGCCUGCAGUAAAACCUUUGAUAUUUAAGAAUCCAAAUUUUAUUCAUUCUGGCAUGGGUGGUGCAGGUGCUGGGAAAAAGAGCCGUGUUUGGAAAAACCUGAAACAAAUUCUUGCUACUGAGAGGAUGUUCCCAUGGAAACUGAAUGAUCCUAACUAUUCCAGCAUUGAUGCUCUUCCUUCCUUUAAACCAGCCAAAAAAUACUCAGAUAUUUCAGGACUUCCUUUUCUACUGGAUCUCUUUCUAUGAGAUGGCUAUUUGAGGAAAUGAGUCCACCCAACAACAACCAUCCCUUCACAGAGUGGGGAGAAGAAUCCCUGGCCAACAUAGGAAGACGAAUUCUGGAAGUUCCUCACCGAUUCUUUGAAGACAAUAAAAAUGGAUUCCAGGCAAUCACAGUGAACAUAAGGCACAUCAUACAAUCUUUUGAAGUUGUGCACUUUCAUAUGCAGUUCUAGCCAUCAUAUUAUAGGAGGGAUGUGGAGCACUUAGAGAUGGUACAGAAGAAGAUUAUCAGGUUGUUAUCUGGAUUGGAGCACACUAGUUGUAAAAAGUUGGAUAAACUUGGAUUGUUUUCGCUAGGGCAUCAGAGGCUAAGAGGUGACCUGAUAGACGUAUAUAAAAUUAUGAUAGGGUGGAUUGUUGGAGUCUUUCUUCCAGGGUGGAAAUGUUAAAUACUAUAGGACUAGACUUAGUGAGAGGAGAAAAAUUUUUCACACAGAGGGUGAUAGGUGCCAGGAACACUCAACAAGUGAAGGUGAUAGAAUCUUGACUUACUGAGUAAGCUAUGGAUGGAUCUUUCGUGUGUUCAUUCAUGGGAUGUGGGCAUCACUGGCAAGGCGGCAGUAACGUUUAAGGAGCAGUUAGACACAUUAACAAGCAGGAAAUAGAGGGUUUGGACCACUUAGGCAGAUGAGUUUAGUUUAGAAAGGUGACAUAGUAGGCUGAUGGGCCUGUUCUUAUAUGUUUUCUUCCAAAGAAGAGAGAUCUUCCAACAUUCUUCUUUGUUUACUUUACUUUUACCCAUAAGCUAAUUUUUGCACUCCCUAUCAAUAGGUUAAUUUUUUUUCCCAUCUUUACCUGAUCUGGCCUACAAAUGCUUCCUGACCCGUGGUAAUGUGAUUGACAUUUAACUGACCUAUGGGCAAUUAGAGUUGGGGCAUUAAAUGCUGGCCUGGCCAAUGGUGCCCAUAUCCUGCGAAUGAAUUAAACACAAAAUCAUACCCCAUUCAAAUUAGUGCAGUGCGUGGUAUGAAAUUUUAGUGACUCCCUGCAAUAUAUGACUUGAUCAGAGCGAACAAACAUGGUUCAAUCUGUACAUUAUUAUAUUUUGAUACAAUUGUGGUAGAUAAGCAUGUGUCUUAUGGAUAUUAUCUAUUGGACUUCUUAAAAACAUGAAAUGAUGUUCCGUCCAAGAGGUUAAUGGCAGAAAUUAGAGCACAUUGAAUUGGAGGUGUCUUUUGAAUUAGUUUGGAAAUUGGUUGGGAUGGAGAAGAUAGAGUCAAGAUAUAUGAACCCAAUAAAGAUAAAUUUGAGCAUUUUCUAAAAGGUGAAAGAAAAUGGUAGCAACAGCAGCAGUGUUUAUCUAUGCAAUUUCUUUUACAAGAUGGUUUCCCAAAGUAAUCUUCACAUCCAUACUGCACCAAGACCUAUAAGGAAGUACUGGGGCAAUUUGCAGAAUCUUAGAAAUGGAGUUAAGUUUUCAGAUUAAAGGAGGCAAGAGAGAGGGUUUACAGAUCUUAAAACCAGAACUUUGGAACAGAAUAGUUUUAUGCAAGCAAUCUGAAUUGGAAAUUUGUGGCAGGAAUUAGAGACGAUGGUUUUCCCUUUUGCUCACUGGAUAUUAAAAAAUUAAACACAUUAAUGGAUAGAGGGAGAAAGGUGGUGAUGAGCUGGAGCUGCGUGUUGUCAGCUGAUGCAAUUUCCAAUGGUGUAUCAACCAAGGGUUUCCCUCCAUUGUGUUUGAUAGGACCCUGUUCAUAUUUGGUCUCUCCACUUUCCUCCCCCACCCAGCAGAACCAUAAUUGUUGUAAGUUUACUGUUGUUCUCAGCUUCCAUGCCAUCAGCUUCCACAUUCAAUGAACCACCCGCUGUCACCAUGUUUUCCUUCCAUUUGUUUCAGCUUUCUGAGGAACCAUUCUGAAGUUGUCUUGUUGGUUGUGCUCAACAAUCUCUCCCCUUCCACUGAACCUUAUGUCAGCUUGUGAAAUACAAUACUUACUUUUUUAUCUCCUUCCUGCCAGGGUCCCAAGCCUUCCAGAUGAAAUUUCUCAAUUCAGUACACUGUACUUGCCAUUCACAAUAUGAUUUUCCCUACACUAUGCAGAACUGGUGCAGGUUAAGUGACCACUUCGAGGAACACUUUCAGUCCCAUUGCCUGUCAUUUUAAUUCCCCCCUUCACUCCCAUUGAGAUCUCUUUGUCCUUGUAAUUCCAUUGAGGUUGGAUGUAGAUUCAAUAAGCCACAAAUCAUUUUUUGGUGAGGCAUGUUCCAAAAAUUCUGGACAUCUAACAUGGAGUUGAGCAGGUAGACACAGUGUUUGCCUGCGCCUCUGCAUUAGUAAUCCAUUGACACUACCACUAGGCCAACAUCUGUCCUUGAUACCUUCGGGUCAAAAGUUCUGGUUCAGUCUCUUCUAGAGGGCAUCUACUAGUGCUGCUUCUACUAUUCUCAUGUACAUGGUCUCUAGGCCCAUAUUUUGUUUCUUUACUUGUCUUUCUAUCUCCUUUUGCUUUGAGUCCGUAUUCCUUUUGUUAUUUAAGGAUCUUUCUUCUUCUUCUUCUUCUUCACCAUUCCCUAUUUCCAGUGCUGCAAACCAAUUAAAUCCCAACAUUUCUAGUUUUGAUGAAAGAUCACAGACUUGAAAGACUGGCUGUGUUUCUCUUUCAAGAUAAGUUGUCUGAUCUGAUUAUUUCCAGUAUUCAUAUGGUUACGUUUCAUAUUUGCAGCAUCUGCAGUUUUUUUUGUCCUUUUUUUAAUUCAUGAUGUCUCCACAGUACUGCAGGUAGUGGUUAAUUAGUAAAGGGCCAAGGAUAAAUCCUUGGGGAUCCCAGAGCUAACAGAAGCCAUUGCAGGUGGAGGUUUAGCAACUCAAGUUAUUAAAAGUUAGUAGAAAGCUACAAAAAAGCAAUUAAAAAAGUUCGUGGAAUGCUGACUUUUAUCUCAAGAGAUUGGAAUGCGAAGAGCAGGAAGUUGUGCUGCAGUUACAUAAAGCAUUGGUAAGAGCCCUUGUGGAGUACUGCAUUCAGCUUUGUGCACCAUAGUUCUCGAAGAAUAUGUUGUGGGCUGUGCCACAAAUUCACUUGAAUAAUAUUAAGGUGUAGGGGGUUAAAUUGUGGGCAUGUCUUUAUAUUCAAGGUUUGUGUAAAGAUUUAAACCUCAGGUGCUGAUUGGAGUUGCUGUGGGUAUGUUCGCUGAGCUGAGAAGUUGGUUUGCAGAUGUUCCGUCCCCUGUCUAGAUGACAUCCUAAGUGCUUUGGAUCCU